AUGGUUACAUGCCGGAGGCGGCGGAGCGGAAGUGGGACGCCGGGCAGCGGCGGUAUCUUGGUAACGGUGGGGGGAAGGGGCGGGUGGAGGAGGGGAGCGCUGCUGGUGGGGAUGGCGGUUGUUGGCGGUGCCUGUCGGGACUGGGUCACGUGGCUGGAUCAGGGCUAGGAAGGGGAAGGGCACCCCUCGCCCUUCCCCCAGAGGGCCCAUGGGAGAGGACGAGCCUCAUGGACCCCCACUUGCCCUAGUCCCUAUCUCCCCGUCCCUUGGGGGUCCGGGGCUGGGUGUGGAGAGAGGGCCCCUGGGGCGAGGGACCCUGUGAUGGUGGCUAAGAGGGGGGUGCCAUGAGAGGGUUAGAGGCAGUUAAGGUCAGGCUGGAAGAAAUAAGGAGCUUAAGAAAACUGCUGCCAUGCCUGUGGGGUAGCUCAGCUGGUAGAGCAUGAGACACACACACUCUCUCUCUCUAUAUAUAUAUCUAUAUAAUUAAGGUUUCAGUUGAAAUAAAUCAAGUGAUACAGGAAAAAAAGAAGGAAAAGUGAGAGGGAGAAAAAACAACAACAAAGAUACAUAUAAAAGCGAAAAUAUGCACACACACAAAUGGCAAAUACAGUGGCACCUCGGGUUACAUACGCUUCAGGUUACAGACUCCGCUAACCCAGAAAUAUUACCUCGGGUUAAGAACUUUACCUCAGGAUGAGAACAGAAAUCGUGCACCGGCAGCAGGAGGCCCCAUUAGCUAAAGUGGUGCUUCAGGUUAAGAACAGUUUCAGGUUAAGAACAGACCUCCAGAACGAAUUAAGUACUUAACCCGAGGUACCACUGUAUACGAUAUUCCCAUACAUUAUUGUAUAAAUUUGUAGAGUGUUAUUAAGAGCAUGAGAUUCUUAAUCUCAGGGUUGUGGGUUCGAGCCCCAUGUUGGACAACAAGGUUCCUUCAUUGCAGGCGGUUGGACUAGAUGACCCUUGUGGUCCCUUCCAACUCUGCAAAUCUAUGAUUCUGUGACUUGUGUGGGCUGACCCGUGGGACUCCCCAAACUGGUAAUUGCCAGCCUUGCAGUACGGGUUUACCCUGCUGCAGAUCCGCUCAGCUGUGUUCGGUGAGCUUUAUUCCCACGUUAGGGUGUGUACAUGAAAGAAGGCAGCCUUAGGGUUCAGGAGCUGGCUUGAAAGCAACAAGUGCCGUUAAGCACAGCAGAACUGCUGGCCAGCCUUGCGCAAGUCUGGUUAAUUUGCUUGGUUUUUAAGCUAAGGCGGGUUUGUGUAGGAGUAAAGAACAGAGUAGAAUAUUUAGCUUCUGAUUCUUGCAAGAAAAUAUUUGGUGGUUCUGUUUUGCCUUUGAUGUGGAAUAACAGUCCUCCUUACAUAUUGUAUGAAAUGUAUUUGCCAGAGGUGGAAAUACAGAGUUGCAUUGCCUUUUUUGGAUCAGACCAAAGAUCAAGUCCUUUCCAACUGGCUAUCUUGUUUUGCUUUUGGAAAACUGAGAAGCAGGAAGAAUGGGAAGUAGACUCCCCAUUGUCUCCUGCACAUGGUGAUCAGAAAUACACACAGAGAAGAUCUCUGAACAUUCUUGCAUACAAAUGUGCCCUGAAUGCUGAGGUUCCAUGUUAAAUUGUGGCAAGUAGUAGACUCUGAGUGGUAGACUCUACCUUCAUAUGUUUGGCGGCAGCUAAUCCCUUUUUUAAGAACCUCUCUCUCUGCUAAUUGUUUCCCACACAUCUUGUGACAAUGAUUUGUCUAAGUUCAGUUAUGCAAAGUUCUUCCUUUUGUUUGUGAGCAGGUGGCUAUGGAAUGUCUGCAAGCUGUUGCUUGUGGUUGUCUGCUUACGUGGGACAGAGUGAGUGUACACCAACACAUCAGGUAGGAGAGGAAACAGAUGAGCAAGGUAUGGUGGGAAUUAGUGCUUGGGCAGUUUGAAAGAGGGACAUAAAGAACCGUAGGAGAAAGAUCAGGUGAAUCUAAGGUGCUGGGUGUAUCCUGGUCAGGCCUUGUAUGCUGGAGUCUCUGCGGUGUUCUAGUUCCAGAAUUGACAGCAUCUGGUGGGUAAAGUGUUGGAUUCAGCUUGACAGACGAGAAACCCUAUUUAUUUUAGUGAAUAGAUAAGGGAGUAGGUUGCAUGUGUGAUCUAAAAAACCACGUGAGAGGAAGGGCCAUUUCUCAAUGGCAGAGCAUGUGUUUUGAGUGCAGAAGUUCCCAGAUUCAGUCCCCAGCAUCUCCAGGGUGAGCUGGGAAUUGCUUCUGUCUGAAAACCUUGGGAAGCCACCGCCAGUCAUUGUUGAUCAUCUUGAGCUAGAGGGAGCAGUUGUCUGACUUGGGUAUAAGGCAGCUUCCUAUGUUCCUUCCUAAAACUAGAGUUCAGAACCAGCUCAGUUAUUGAUCAGUUAGAGGCAGGUUUCUAUAAAUGCAAAUCUUUCAAUGCACUUUCUUGCCGGUUUCUUCUUACACAUGUAAACCUUAGGAAGUCAAUACACUUUCUCCGCAUUAUGAUAGCUUUGUCAAAUUUGUGGAUUGGCUUUCGCUGGGGUGGUCUGGGGAAAGUAAACAUUUUUUCUGCUUCAAUCGCCCAUCUAUAAAAAGAAAUGGCACAAAUUAGCUCAGAGGAUAUUGAGGGUGCAGAUUAUGAAGUUGAUCAGAGCACACUGUUUUAUUCCCACAAUGCCUCAGUCUCAACAAUUCACCAUGCUGAGCAGUAGAAUGUCCAUGUAGUGGGCUUUAUAGCUGAGUGAACCUGGAUCUAAUUAUACAGUGGUACCUCGGGUUAAGAACUUAAUUUGUUCCGGAGGUCCGUUCUUAACCUGAAACUGUUCUUAACCUGAAGCACCACUUUAGCUAAUGGGACCUCCUGCUGCUGCCGCGCCGCCGGAGCACGAUUUCUGUUCUCAUCCUGAAACAAAGUUCUUAACCUGAAGCACUAUUUCUGGGUUAGCGGACUCUGUAACCUGAAUUGUAUGUAACCUGAGGUACCACUGUAUAAGCUUCUGCUUCACAUUGAAUGACAUAGGGGAAAAUAGUGACCAUUUGUCCCUACAGUUGAGCCUGAGGCGGCAUCUCCCUCCUAAUUCAUCCCAGCCCAUGAGUGACCCAACGGCUUCAAGGGAGAGAGAUCUCUCUGGCAGCUGCACUGCAGGAGAUGAUAUUUCCAACACGGAUCCGAGCGAUUUGAAACCCAAGCUGAUGACCAUAUGUACAGAGAUGGCUCCUGGAACAGUUGGCACACAGUCCGUCUCCGGUAGUUCCAGCUUGAUGAAAAGAAAAUCUUGUUCUGAGACUGAUGGUCUUGGGAAUGGUGUAAGAAAUUCUGCAGAGGAGAACCAGGUCACCAAUCUUAGCUGUGCAGAAGGGCAACAUGGGCAGUCUGCCCAAAGAGAAGAAGAUGAAGAAAUGGACUGCCAGCAGCCAAGAACUACCACCAGCUUAGUCCCUCUUUCCGGGGUGAUCUUAAGCCCUAAGAAACGGAAGCUGGUUCUACACAUAGACUUAAACAACACUAUCAUAGUGUCUGAUGCUGUCACCGGUCAGGACCCCAGAGCUGCUCUAAACUAUUUCCUGAGUACUGUCACCUGGGGGAAAAUCGACCCAACAGGUAAGACCAUGCGAGCAGCUGAAAUCCCAGUUCCUGUGACAUAAAACUUAAGUUCAAUGGCUGGAUGAAACUGCAAGAAAUAAGAAUUGCUUGUGGUUUUUUUAAUCAUUUUUGAUUUUCAGGAUAGGUGAUGCAGAGAAACACAGUAUGGCCAAGGGGUGUGUAGGGAAGGAGGCAGAAGCCUGGGGGAUAAUUUAAUGUAGGGCUAAGGAGAUUGCUCUGUUAGCACAAGCAUCUCUCCUUGUCUGAUGGAGCAGUCUCCCCUCUCCUACCCCCACUUGCUGUUCUGUGGGGAGAAGGUGGGGCUGGGGGAAGCCCCCGUUGUGCUAAUUCACAUCUAGACAUCUGAAGGCAGCCCUGUUCAAGGAAGUUUUUAAUGUGUGACAUUUUAAUGUAUUUUUCAUCUUUGUUGGAAGCCGCCCAGAGUGGCUAGGGAAGCCCAGGCAGAUGGGCGGGGUACAAAUAAUAAAUUAUUAUUAUUAUUAUUAUAGUGCAGUGAUUCUCAAACUUUUUUCUCUGGGCCAUACUUUCAGAAUAAAAAUUUACACCCCCCCCCUGUUUUUUAGAUAUUUAAAAAGUUUGCAAGCAAACCACCAAAACCAAAAAAUGACAACCCUCACCAGCUGUUGAAGAAAAUAAUAUUAAUCUAUUUACAAAUGCACUCCCAAUUUUCUAUUAUUAUGCCUAACGCAUUUUCAAGUAUGAUGUCCUGUUCAUCAGAGGCAGCAAGCGUCACUUGUUGGGUUUCUUUUGUCUUUUAAGAGAGCUUUCCAGAUGCAUUAUACAUAAUGAUAGAAAAUUGAGUGUUUUUGUAAAUAAAAAAACUUCUCUUCGGCAUCUUUUUAUGAUUGCCUUGCUUUCCCCCCACCUUGAGUUGGUACUGCCCUCUUUCUGGCAAGCUCCCAACCUGUACUCUCCAUACCACAGAGGAAAAAGGGGUUGGACAGGGAGGUGGGAAGAUGGGUUAAAAAUGGACUGGACGUAGCCACCCACCCUCUCAUGACACCUCCACUUGCACUCCCUCUCAGCAUUAGCAUUGGAAAGCAAACAGGGCAGUCCUGCCCAUUGUAUCUCAUCCCAGGCUCAAGGCUAACUUGCCUACAUCCUCGGCUUUUUGGAUCUGGACCAAGAGACUACUAGCCUGGCGCUCUGCUGCAAGACAGCACCGUGUGCUAUUAUGCCGCCCACGAGCCAAAUCUCCUUAUAGAUCAGGCCCUUUUGUUCUGUGCGAAGGGAACCUUAUCAAAGGAGCUGUUGCAUCCUGUAUCUCGCCCAGGCACAUUUACAUAUCGUUGGUCUCUUCAGAAUGAGGUUAAAGCCGCCUGCCAACUCUCUCUCGCACACAUGCGGGAGCACCAAGAAGUUAAAAUUAACAUGUACUUGGCUAAGCUGUUUGACUUCAGGUGCCCUCUGUCUGAACUGUCGCCACUUGCGUGAGAGAUUUGUAUUCUACUUCACUGCGCAUUGUUCUCUUCCUUCCACCAGCCCCCCACUUUUUUUAAAAAAGGUAUUCAAUAAAAGGCUGCUGCAGAAACACGGAAGCAGCCUUUGCCAACCUAGUGCCCUCCAGGUGUUUUGGACUCCCAAUUCCCAUUAGGAUGUGCUAGCUAGCGUUGAUGAGCAUCGCAGACCAAAACAUCUGGAGGGCACUGGGCUGGUAAAGGUUGCUGUAAAGGAGGUCCUUAUUUAGGGCACUCUACGCGCUGAGCUCUGUGCAUUCUAGGCACUGGCAGUGGCGUUCCAGGAUUUCGUGCAGGGAGUCUUUCCCAGCCGAUCUCUGAGAUUCUGCAGGAGGAGAGAGUGCUCUUGUGCUCGAAUCCUGCACCUGGUUGGCCACUGUGAGAACAGGAUGCUGGACCAGGGGGGCCAUUGGCCUGAUCCAGCAGGCUCUUAAUUUCCUGUGAGAUGCUGGUGCCUUCUGCGUUCAAAGCAGAUGUUUUGUUGUUUUGUUGGCAAGCUCUGUCCCCUUCCCAGGCUUCGAGUUGGCUUUGAAGGUGAAAGUGAACCUGUGCUGGGACUUACGGCCCAGGACAGAGUGUGAGCACAUCAGUGGAAGAGAGAGAGAGUUCCUCCUUCCUUUAGACCUUUAACCAUGGGUAGGCAAACUAAGGCCUGGGGGCUGGAUCUGGCCCAAUCACCUUCUAAAUCCGGCGCGCAGACGGCCCGGGAAUCAGUGUGUUUUUACAUGAGUAGAAUGUGUGCUUUUAUUUAAAAUGCAUCUCUGGGUUAUUUGUGGGGCAUAGGAAUUUGUUUAUUUUUUCUUCAAAAUAUAGUCCGGCCUCCCACAAGGUCUGAGGGACAGAGGACUGGCCCCCUGCUGAAAAAGUUUGCUGACCCCUGCGCUCAACUCACCUCCUUCCUCUUUCCUUCCAGGCAAGUGGCAGUGGCUGAGCGAGUCCCCCUCGUUGCUCCCUCCCUGCCCGGGCGCCGUGAGUUUUUACUCCCAGUACGGCCGCAACACCCGAUUCACGGACACGCCCCCCGGGAGGAAGUUCCGCGAUCUCCACAAGCGCCACCUGCAGCUUCUGGAGUGGCAGGGGCAGCCUCACCCGCUGCUCUCCAUCCCCGGCCAGCGGGGAAAGCGCUACCACUUGCUGCUACCUUCCUUCUUCCACCUCUUGGAGAGCCUGCGCCGGGAAGGGAGGCACUUUGCCGUCGUCUUCCGCACCUUUGGCACGGACCUGGCUCGCGUCCUGAAGGCAGUGCGCUGCGCCCUGGAGGGGGAGCACCCCCACUUCCCUGCGCUGCGGGACGUCUCGGUGAGUGGCCAGAAAAAGAUCAUCCUGGGAGAGUCUCCCUCGGGAGGCUGUGGACUCUCCUUCCUUGGAGGUUUUUAAGCAUCUGUUAUGGACAUUUUAGGGACGCGGGUGGCGCUGUGGGUUAAACCACAGAGCCUAGGACUUGCCGAUCAGAAGGUCGGAGGUUCGAAUCCCCGCCAUGGGGUGAGCUCCCGUUGCUCGGUCCCUGCUCCUGCCAACCUAGCAAUUUGAAAGCAUGUCAAAGUGCAAGUAGAUAAAUAGGUACCGCUCCAGCAGGAAGGUAAAUGGCGUUUCCGUGCGCUGCUCUGGUUCGCCAGAAGCGGCUUAGUCAUGCUGGCCACAUGACCCAGAAGCUGUACACCGGCUCCCUCGGCCAAUAAAGUGAGAUGAGCACCGCAACCCCAGAGUCGGCCACGACUGCACCUAAUGGUCAGGGGUCCUUUAUGGACAUUUUAGAUUCCUGCAUUGCAGGGGGUUGGACUAGAUGAUGCUUGGGGUCAUUUCCAACUCGACCAUUCUAUGAUUCUAUGGAUUCCUCCAUUGCUUUUGCUGCUUCAGUCACGACCUGCCUUUUCCGCACGCCCAGCAAGCUUGGCUGAGGCUCUUUGAUCCCAGUGCCUUCUGCCUUUUUUGUUUGUUCAGUUUUCUAGAUGCCCUUCCGCUGAAGACACCUUUUUAUUUAUUGCCUUUGUAUCCCACCAAGGAGCUCAAGGUGGCAUACUUGGUUCUCCCCAUCCUCCUUUAUCCCUACAACAAUCCUGUGGGGUAGGUUAACCUCAGAUGCAGUAAGUGGCCCAAGGCCACCCGGUGAGCUUCAUGGCUGAGUGGGGAUUUGAACCCUGGUCUCCCAGGUCCCGGCCUUCCAUGCAGCCUCUCGGCAGGCUUUAGGAGUCUCUGUUGGCGUCCUAUGAGAUGCAGGUUAAGACUACCUUAAGGGGAGUGAAAGGCAGGAUAUCAAGUCCAAACUCCUCCUCCUCCUCUUCUUCUUCUUCUUCUUCUUCCCUCCUCUAGGAAAUCCUGCCAAGCUCACAGCUGAUUGCUUCCUCUCUCUGAAGGGUAGGCAGCCAAAAUUAAAUCCGGCAUUAUUUAAUUAGGCUGCCCGAUAAGAAAUGAAUAUAAUACUGGAGGUGUGGAGCUUUGGAUUUGGUAGGGACUCUCCUUUGCGCUUUGGGGACCAAGGCUGCCAGUAUUAUACAUUGCAAUAUCUUGUUUGCAAGUGAAGAAUCCUGGUGGCUUUGCUGGAAUCCUGGAGGAAUUCAGCUUUCAUUAAAAAUAGCAGGUUUUUGGUCUCUGUACUUCCAAAGUGAAGCUUCUGAAUAAUGGGCUAAAUUUUCAGGAACUGGGGAAAGCCUGGUUAUGACUUAAAUGAUCUUGAGGUGGUCUGUUUCUAGCUUGCAGAGCUUCCUAUGCCCUUGCUAUGGGCCCCUGUACCUACCUUUCCAUUCUUAAUCACCUGUGGAUCCUCCAUUUGCCACAUUUCUCUGAAUCCUAGGCCCUAUUUUAUUUAGCUAGGUUUGAAGGGUAGAGCACUGCAGACUUUAGCUUGUACUCCUUGUGCAGCUUGGGGCACUUAAUGUUCCCAUUUUACAGAUGAGAAACUGAAGCAAACAACAACGAGCUUGCCAAGAUGGUGACUAAGGCGGCAUUUGAUUGAAGUCCAAAACACUGUCCACAAGAUUGGACCGUGCUGGCUCUCUGCUUAGACAGAAGGCAUUUGAUGCAUGAAAAGAGACAAAUUCUGCCAUCCGUUGAUGCUUAGUGGGAUUUGAGAGGACCAAAUAAAUAUUUUGACACCGCUAAAGCCUUCCUUUAUAAUUGGAAUUAAAUGUGAGUAAAUUUCAGUGUUGUUAAGGACUGAACUUUUGCCACAUUCAUCAGUUCUGGUACACUGCCAGCUGCCGAGAGAAUUCAGCUAUGGCAACCUUUGUGAUCUGUUAGGGGAUGUUUGAUGGUAAUGCAAUUAUAUUUAUUACUUAAUGUGUUACAUUUCUAUCUCACCAUUCCUCCAUUGCGCUCAGGGGGCGAUCCCAUUUUUAUACUUGUGAGGUAGGUUCGGCUAAUGGUUCGGGACUGGCCCAAAGCUGCCCUGUGUAAAUUUCAUGACUGAGUGGACAUUUCCACCCAGAUCUCUGCAAUAGAGUUUGCUGUCCAUUAUACUGCAUGGGUUCUCCAGCUGUUGCAGUUGAGAUCCAUACCCAGGAACAGUAUUUAUGUCAAGAUCAGAUAUUGGUAGCACACAACAGGCUGUUGUUCUUAUUCCCUACUUCCCAAGGCAUCCGGCUAUGGGAAAGGGACUGCUUGGCCCUUACAUCCAUUUCAGCUCCAGGUUUAACAUGCAACACUGUUUGAUGUGAGCAGAACAUUCACACGCAAGUCGAGAAAGUUUCUGCUGGUCUCAUGGAAGUAGCCAGCCGAGUACCCAGUGUUGUUGAACUCCAACUCGUGACAUCCUGAGAGCCAGUGUGGUGUAGUGGUUAAGAGCGGUAGUCUCGUAAUCUGGAGAACCGGGUUCGCGGUUCUGCUGGGUGACCUUGGGCUAGUCACAUUUCUCUGAAGUCUCUCAGCCCCACUCACCUCACAGAGUGUUUGUUGUGGGGGAGGAAGGGAAAGGAGAAUGUUUGCUGCUUUGAGACUCCUUCGGGUAGUGAUAAAGCAGGAUAUCAAAUCCAAACUCUUGGUCAAAUUGGUGGGGGCUGAUGGGAGUUGUAGUCCAAAACAGGGACAGAGCACUAGGUUGGGGAAGGCUGAAGGAGACCUUAAUCCAUUUGGUGGGACAGUCCCCUUCUGCAUCCAGGUGGGACAACGUCCCAGGGGCGGAGCUACCUGCCCUGGCACCCGGGGUGGGGCGGGGCUAGCCGUCGUGUGGGGGUGGGGCUAGCCGCCCAUGUGGCUAGUGUUGGGGGGGGCGUCACUAGCCGCCUGCGGCAGCAUCGUCACCAGCAACCUGCCACCUACACAGCGAGUGAGGGUGGGUGGCGAGGCGAUGUCAUCCGCCCUCACAGCUGGCACCUGUUGUGCACCACACACCCCGCACCUGCCUUCCUCCGCCAGUGCAACGCCCUUGAUCCUCGGGUCCAGUUCAGGGUGAUUCCUCAUCUCAGUGCACACAAUGCUCUGCUUUGGUGACCUCAAGUUUGCUGUUGAGAGCUUGACAGGAUCUGUGUUUCAUUUGCUUUUUUCACCCCUCCUGUGCCUCCCCGCCACGCUAUGGCAGCUGCCGGUGGAUGUCAGUCCUGGAACGAUACGUUGCAGCAAGCGAAAGGUGGUGUUGACUCAGGGAGCAGGGCGGAUCUCCAGUGAAGAUGGUGACAGGAAACCGUACCUCUACUUCAGCUCCAGGGAAGGCCUUUGUGGCUUCCAGGAUCACUUUGACUGGUGAGGGAUAAGAAUGGCGGCUUGCUUCUUAGCCUGUGGCAACUGAUGUGCUUUUACUUAGGGUGAUGUCCGUUAUUCAUUUAUAGUGGCUUUCAAAAAAACCCAGCUUGGCCAGACUUUUAAAAUUGCCCCACCAGCACACAAAUUUCUUGUGUCCUGGCCUCACAUGACAGUCGUCCGGAACAGUUGUAGAGCAUCAGGUAGGGGACGGCUGGUAUAAAUUAGGGUGUGUUUGAGCGUCCAAUGUUUUUAGAAGUUUUAAUUGCAUUAGUAUUGUAGGGCGGGAUUCAGCUAAGUUGCUGCAUGCAUGGAUCAAGGUCCCCUUGUGCAAUGGGACUCCCCGCCCCCCCCCACACCUGUGCACCUAAAUCUGCUCUGGCAGGUUGGAGGAAAACCCAGAACAGGUUUAAGGGGCAUAGGGUAGUAGAGUCAGGGGAAACUCUCAAUGCACAAGGAGACUUUGUUGCAUGCACACAAUACAUUUGCCACUCUGGGCUCCUUUGGAGAAAGACGGUCGGUAUAAAUCCUAAUAAUAAUGAUAAUAUGAUAGUGAUGAUAUUAUUAAUAUUAUUAUUAUUAAGAAGAAAGAAAGAAAGUGAUUCCUCCCUUUCCCCCUGUCUCCAUCCUGACAUUCCUGCAGGGCUGAGACAUGUUUGCUUGCCUCUUCCUUUCCUUUUCCGCCAGGAUAGAGAACCUGAUGCUCUUGGACUCCCAUGAUCCCUGAUCAAAGGCCAUGUUAAGUGGGCCUGAUGGAAACUGUAGUCCAACGACGUCUGGAGGUCCAUAGGUUCACCACCUCUCCCUUACUGAGCUCACAUCUGCCAAGAUACCCGAGAGCAAUUGUUUAAAAUGCAAAGUCGCCAUUGGUUCUUUAAGAUCCACCUGGUUCUGCUGUGUUCUGCUACUGAGAUUAGGACUGAGGGCUCAUCUUGUCCUGUACCAGUAAAAAAAAAAAAAAAGGAGAGGCAGGGAACGGACUGUGCUAAAUCUAGGUAGUUCUCUUGGGAAUAACUCUCUUGCUUUGACAUGCAGUCUGAGCCACCGGAAGCUUUGAGCAAACCCGUUAGAUUUGUGAAUUAGAAAAGACGGACUCUUGGGCCAUCUGGCAAUGUAGCCAGCCAAAGCUGAGCACGACCCAGUUGUAAUACUUGAGCAUCUAUUUGUUUUGAGUACUGGAAGGCUUGCCCUGCCUGAGCCCUUCAGCAGACACUGGCAGCCCUUCCUGCACCCUUUUCUGGGUUCUGUGGUACAUGGAGCACAAACAGCUGCUAUUGCAUGUGAAGUCCUGCACUGAGAAUUAUGCAUACCUGUUCGCAGUUUCCCCUCCCAUGCAGGGUCCUGUGGUGGUAGCCUAAGAAGCUUUUCAAAUAUGAUUUUGAAGAAGCAGGUUUUUUUUUUGCACAGGAGAUUGGAAAUGUUUUUGUAUUCUCACGAGAGAGCUCUGAAAUGAGAGGGAGGUUCCCGUGGUGAAGAGCUGGAUCGUGAACAGCCAACGCAACUUCUAUCCAUCUUUUUGGGCUCUUAGUCCCUGUCCGCCAUCGACCUGAACCUUUUCUUUUUUUUAUCAUCUCAUUCCUUGUCAAAAGUAAUCUAAAUCUUCUCAAAUGCUGAACCGUGAAAGCAGAAUAAAUUGUGUUGGAUAAGAAUAGAUGUAUUAAUUGAGUUGGUAUUUGUAUGCAGAAAGAAUAGGCCAGCUUGACCCUUAUGAUCACUGCUUGCAAUACAUUUCUUGCCUUCUCGUUUCCAUUCAUUGCAUUGGAGGGGACAAGGUGGGCUGGUGGGGUCUUUGCUAAGAUUCAUUACAGACUCUCGCUUCAGCAACCUAGGGAAAAUCCCCAUAGAAGUUCUGAUCCUGUCUCUCUCUCUCUCUCUCUCUCUCUCUGUUCAGGUGGGCCAGGAACCAGUUCUCCAGCCGAGGAGGGAAGCCCCUUUGGAUCGACCCUCACGACACAAGCACCCACCAUAUCUGUAUCGAUGACAACAUUCGCCUGAACGAUGGCGACACCAUCAUCCACCCUCGGGUAGCGUUGCCAUGGAUCGUUGCUCUAAAAUAUUCCAGUGCAGAAACAAACAAAAACCACCCCGCUUAUCAGAUCAUAUCCUCUUUAUAAUUCUCUUAUCCUCACGACAACCCUGGGAGGUGGGCUAGACUGGGCCGGUGAAGGAUUGUGGCCAGAGCUUUGAGACAGAGCAAAGACAUGCCCCUCUGACAUCCACCUCUGAAACCCUGUGCCGCCCUUAGAUGGCAGAGCUGCCUUCCAAACGCCGAGCUUGGUCAGGGGAAACCCUUGGGCAGCCCCAGAGGAGAUGCAGAACAGGGUGGAAGGGAUAAGCCAGCUGCCUGUUUAAACCACAGGUGAGCAGAGGAGACUGCUUGCACAGAACUGCAGGUGCGUGCUGCCUGCUCUUGCUGGCGUGAGUCAUCCCUGCUGCCUGCCGUGGCCCAGCAUCCUGCCUCCAAGCGGUCCGAAGCUCAUUCACAGCCCUCUGUGCUUAAAGGGCAGCUUCCCCAGAGGAGCAUGCUCAGAAGUGAGAUUCUGGGGAGAGGAGUGGGAAGGAUCUGGCCGUUGUGGCAGCUCUCUUUGUGCAUGACUGAGAGUGUACCCUCCCAAGAGGAGGAGAGGGCAAUGGAGGGAAUACACUGGCACUGGCUGGGCUGGCAGAAUGAGGAAUGGCUGGGCAGGAAAGGUUAAUUGGUUCCUGCUGGAGUCCAGCCAUGACAAUGGCCUCCUGGGGCUCUCUGCUGCGCAUGGGAAGGGAUGCAAUCUGCCCCUCAGUUUUGGAAAUAAAGGAAGUUUCCUUCCUUUGCAUUCAGUACUUAAUAGCCGAUCAGUUAACGCAAAGAGCUCUUUGCACUAGAGGCGAGAAGCUCCCGGCAUCUCCUCUGCCCUAUCUGCAGAAUGUUUGAGCCCCUGUUUUGCUGAGCAGGGCAGCAGUUCCUCAUCCACCCCUGGCCGCAUGACCCUGGGCCAAAUUAUAUUUAGAGAGAAUGCUGUGGAGGUGACCUUUGGCGCUUCUGCAGACUCCCGAUCAAAUCUGUUGGCUUCGGAGGCCAGUUGCAGGUCAGCCUCCAUCUCGAUCUCGCUUUUUCCUCUUCAGUGCAUGGAUCACAUUCCUUUAUUUCUGGCCGUUGCUAUUUUUAUCACCGGUUUUAUCGUCUGGGCUAUUUCUGUUUUUAUUGUGCAAGUCGCUUUGAGACACCUUAGUGUAAAAAUGCGGCGGAUAAUAAUGACUGUAAUAACACAACGUGCUCCAGCUUGCUCUCCUCUGGCUAUAGUUUUUUGGCCUGCUCUUUGCUUCCUGGAGGUUGCCUGCUAGAUUCAGGGCAAGAGAGGGCUGCGACGCAUUUCAAGGCUGCGCAGAAGGGAGGACUGGGGGCCUGUGCAUGUUUUCAGUCAAGGGCUCCAGCAGGAGAGGGGAUGUCGGUGCAAUUUUCCCUUCCGCAACCUGAAGCUCCUAUAGAUCGGGCCACUUUAGGUGCUGUUCAGUAAGGACAUGAACCAAGAUUGAAGAUUAUACAGGGAACAACAUUCUGUGUUUUCCUUAAAGGUAAAAGUACCCCUGACCGUUAAGUCCAGUCGUGGCUGACUCUGGGGUUGCGGCGCUCAUCUCGCUUUAUUGGCCGAGGGAGCUGGCGUACAGCUUCCGGGUCAUGUGGCCAGCAUGACUAAGCCGCUUCUGGCGAACCAGAGCAGCGCACGGAAACGCUGUUUACCUUCCCGCUGGAGCGGUACCUAUUUAUCUACUUGAACUUUGACGUGCUUUCAAACUGCUAGGUUGGCAGGAGCAGGGACUGAGCAACUGGAGCUCACCCCAUUGUGUGGAUUCGAACCUCCGACCUUCUGACCAGCAAGUCCUAGGCUCUGUGGUUUAACCCACAGCGCCACCCGCGUCCUUUCCUUAGGAGUAGUCUAUAUGCAGAUCAGGGCAGGAGAGAACCCCGCUGCCACACAAGCUGAAAGCCAAUGCAUUUGAAGGGCUUCGCCGUUCUGCAUCUUCCACAAGGAGUGCUUUCAGGAAGAGUGGCUUGCAGAGCUCCUUCCAGUGAGAGGGAACCCAAAGCAAGUUACUACAAAGUCGUCGUCAUCCCGCCCUCCCAUAUGAGUUUGAGCCAUAGCUUGCUGCAUUCGGUCCCCAAAGGCCACUCUUGAGACCCCGGGACUUGAGCUGCUCGUGAUGUAUUUGUUGGGAUGUUUGACACUCUCUUGACUGAAUGCUUGCUGGAGGAAAUAGUGUCUGAGAGGCCGAAAGUUCCCUUUCCCUGCUGUUGUCCUAGCCAGCCUCACUUUCUAAUGAGGGCUCAGGCCUGCUAGAAGCCACAGGCUCUGUUAUGGAAUUCCUUCCUCCUAACUCCUGAUCAUAGGCAGGUAGGCUCUUUCUUCUCUGUAUCGAGCGGGUGCCACUCUGCACACAAGGGACGCGGGUGGCGCUGUGGGUUAAACCACAGAGCCUAGGACUUGCUGAUCAGAAGGUUGGCGGUUCGAAUCCCCGCGACGGGGUGAGCUCCCGUUGCUCGGUCCCAGCUCCUGCCAACCUAGCAAUUCAAAAGCAUGUCAAAGUGCAAGUAGAUAAAUAGGUACCGCUCCAGCGGGAAGGUAAAUGGCGUUUCCGUGCACUGCUCUGGUUCGCCAGAAGCGGCUUAGUCAUGCUGGCCACAAGACCAGCUGUACGCCGGCUCCCUCGGCCAAUAAAGCCGCAACCCCAGAGUUGGUCACGACUGGACCUAAUGGUCAGGGGUCCCUUUACCUUUACCUUACUCUGCACACACUCAGUGGCAUCCUCUGCCAUUACUACUUGUGUUCUAAGAGCCUUAAUCUGUUUCCCGUUCCUUGGGCUGGACCGUCUCCAAUUUUGUGGCAUCCAGACUGUCAGGCUUCUGAAGAGAAGGGGCUUCUGGGUUACGCUUGAGGUCCAACACCUCUCCGUCUCACCAAAGGAGACAUGUUGCCGCCCAGAGUGAAAGAGGAGAGGGGUGGGCUGGCUGGCAGCUUGUUCUUCUGUUGCCACCUUCUUUCAGCUCCUGUCGCAUCCACGGCCUCAGAAUUUUGGCUCUCUCUUCUUUUACCCGGCAGGUGUUCACAGGGCGAGGAAGCAGCUGUCUCCGCACGACCCCUACCUCCGAGCUGUACAACAUCUGCCUGGUUCAAACAGACCUCCUGGAGGCCAUUGCUGACCCUAGCUAUUUCUGCCGCUGCGUCCGACGCUGCGAGGAGAACUAUGAGAGCUACCUGGCCAGUGCUGGGGGGAGUUGUUGCACCUAAGUGGGGCUGACCUGUGGGAGAGUCUCCCCUCGUAUACCGUGUGGAGUUUGCAAGAGGAGAAUCUUCUGUUUGGCGCCUCUCUCUGGGUGUCGGAGUUCCCACCGGAGUCGCUAUCCUUACUUUCGCUUCCGGCUCAGAGCCCUACGGGGGAAAUCCUUUGGAACAGUCUGCAAGCCCAGAAAGCAGGUUUUCUGGUGCUGUCUGAACCUGAUCACCUGAACAGAGGCUUUCUUCCUGUUAAUAUUUAUUCAGAUGUUGGAGGACGAGCUCAUGGAGAGAUGGCUGACCUGGGCAAACCUCUGUCUCGAAGCGCUUGCAGCUGGCCCGUGGGCCCUACCUCGCUGGUUUCAGCCACGGUGUGGAGAGAAACCGCUGGCCUGUUAACGCAGCCCAUCUUUCCAAACAUUAAACUCCACUCCAGCUGCUCUUGUUUGUUUUUUGCCUGCGGCAGCGGCUGACCCCAACGCAUAAAGCCUGGUGCUAAGUGGGUCCCCGUGGGAGAGGUUCACGGGUUAAGGCUUUUUUCCCCUGGCACAGCUGAGCUAAAUGAGGUUCGGCAGCUUGUGAAUUUCGCCCGUUUAGAGAAUUGUUCAUCUCUUCCCCGUUCAUGAACAGGACAGCUGUGAGAUCAUCCAGCAGCCACCCUCCAGAGCCUUUUGUCUUCAGAAACAGGGGCUUCGCUUCGUUUCCCUCUCUGUGUGCAUGCAGAUCGAUGUGGACAGAAAGAAGCUGGUCUUUGUGAUGCUAGGGGGAUGUCCUAAGUCAGGGAUGUGGAACCUGUGGUCCAGGGAAGGUUCCGUGGCUCAGCGGUAGAGCAUCUGCUUUGCAUUCAGAAGGUCCCAGGUUCAAUCCUCGACAUCUCCAGGUAGGCCUCUAGACACCCCUUUCUGAAAUCCUGGAGAGCUUCUGCCAGCCAGUGUGGGCAGACUGAGCCGGAUGACGGACAGUCCGAUUUGGCAUUUUUGAUUUGUUUUGUUUUUUCAUCGCUUUUCAUUCAAAUGAAUCCCAAAGUGGCUUACACACAAUAUUCAUUCAUUCCUUAUUUAUUUAUUUAACCGAUCUUCAUCAACACAAUACACACAAUAUUCAUUCAUUCAUUCAUUCAUUCUUUUAUUUAUUUAACCGAUCUUCAUCAAGAGAUCUCGGGGCGGUUCACGGAAUAAAAUAAUAAAUAAUUAAUAAUAAUAAUAACAUGGUAGAAUGUAAUAGCCCAUCACAAACAUAUGGAACAAUUAACAAAUCGCCAGUGAGGCAACACCGCUAACAGAGCAGCAACUGAAAAAUAAGCUAAACAUCACAGUUAAAGAAAAAGUUGCACCAUGUGAUGAACAAGCAAUGCAGCCCUUAUAAGCUAUAAAACAAUAUUAACAACAAGAAUAAAACAGCAGCCAAAAACACAAACUAAGCACUAAGUUCAUGCACACCCCCAUGACUCAUAAUCUACCACUGUUCAGUUCAUUAAAACCCACAUCUACAUGACGUCUGUGGCAGCAACUCCCUUCUGAAAGAUUCUUGGGCUGGAAGUGGGGCAGCCCAGGUGAAACCAGCCAUCUUUGAUGGCAAACAGAGUCUCUCUCCUCUGGAAGCAGCUCCCUUGCGAAGGCUCCUAGAGCUGGAAGGUGGGGCAGGUCAGGUGGAAAAAGCCAUUGCCUGGUGGCCAACAGCGAUUCUCUCUCUCUCUCUCACCUUACAUCAUAAGGCAGCUUCCUAUUUUCCCAUCAGCCCCAGUGAGCCUGGCCCAACAGCCGGGGUGAUAGAGGUGCUCUAAAGGCAGUGGAGGGCCACAUGUUUCCCAUCCUUUCCUCAAUUCUGCUUGCCUGCCCAGCUCUUCCUGUUGUACAGGAGGAGGGUUUUUCUUAAAAUGCAAGCAAGCAAACAAAACCCGCACCCAAUUCUUUAUGGAACAGCGAGUGCACCUUUCUGGCUGCUGUAGCUCUUUGUGGGGAGCCCUUGUGCUAGCAGGAUUCCCACCCCCCACCCCCCACAGAGAGGCUGGCUGUGCCUAUUGUUGCUGCUGCUGCCGCUGCGAGGCCACAGCUCCCGAUUGCUGCUUGAAAGAGGAGUUUGACAGAAUAGCUUUACCUCCCCAGCAGCGGGAGGCUGAGCCCAACUCCUUUGCCAGGCAUUGGCAAGAAAGCUGGCGGAGGACCAGCUUGGGGAAGCUAUUGUUCCGAGUCGGCUUCAAGUCUUUUCAGGUUGUAUUCACCCUCUUCCUUUGCUGAGCUGCUGAGCAAAUGUAACAUAAAGUGCGAAAGAGCCUUGAGAAAGCAGGAAUUUUGCUCAGUUGAAGAUUGUCCUGAAGGCGAGAUCGUAGAAUCUUGAAAGACCUACACUGGCUCCCAGUAAGUUUCUGAGCACAGUCCAAAGUGUUGGUGCUGACCUUUAAAGCCCUAAACGGCCUCGGUCCUGUAUACCUGAAGGAGCGUCUCCACCCCCAUCGUUCUGCCCGGACGCUGAGGUCCAGCACCGAGGGCUUUCUGGCGGUUCCCUCCCUGCGAGAAGCCAAGUUACAGGGAACCAGGCAGAGGGCUUUCUCGGUAGUGGCACCCGCCCUGUGGAACGCCCUCCCACCAGAUGUCAAAGAGAAAAAUAACUACCAGACUUAUAGAAGACAUCUGAAGGCAGCCCUGUUUAGGGAAGCUUUUAAUGUUUAAUAGACUAUUGUAUUUUAAUAUUCUGUUGGAAGCCGCCCAGAGUGGCUGGGGAAACCCAGCCAGAUGGGCAGGGUAUUAAUAAUAAUAAUAAUAAUAAUAAUAAUAAUAAUAAUAAUAAUAAUUCUAGAGUUGGAAGGGACCCCAAGGGGCAUCUAGUCCAACCCCUUGCAAUGCAGGAAUCUCAGCAAAAGCAUCCGUGGCAGGUAGCCACUGGGUCUCUGCUUAAAAGCCUCCUAAGAAGGAGAGUCCACCACCUUCCCAGGGAGUCUGUUCCACUGUCGAACAGCUCUUGCCAGCAGAAAGGUCUUCCUGAUGUUGAGUCGGAAUCUCUUAUUCCCUGUCGCCUGCAUAUGCCACAGAAGAGCUUCCAGCAGGCAGUUUCAAAGUUGGAACAGAAACCCAGUGGAUUUUUCACAGACCAAAUCAGCUUAUUCCUUUUUAUUAGGUCCUGCUACUAUCUAUCGUAUCCCUUUUUGGCUGUCACAGACUUUUAGAAAGGGAAGCAUCUCAAAAUAUAUGUUAGAUAUGCAACUAAAGAAACUGCAUGGGCACUAAGUGCUUUCUUGCAUUUGCCUCUUGGAUGUGGUUGUUGUUUUUUUGUUUGUUUUACCUUUAAAAACUCACUGGAUGGAUUUGAGGAGGAUACACUUAUCCAUGAUGAUUAGCCAUACAGUGGUACCUCGGGUUAAGAACUUAAUUCGUUCCGGGGGUCCGUUCUUAACUUGAAACUGUUCUUAACCUGAAGCACCACUUUAGCUAAUGGGGCCUCCCGCUGCUGCCACGCGAUUUCUGUUCUCAUCCUGAAGCAAAGUUCUUAACCCAAGGUACUAUUUCUGGGUUAGCGGAGUCUGUAACCUGAAGUGUCUGUAAUCUGAAGUGUCUGUAACCCGAGGUACCACUGUAUUAGGUAAAAAAACCUCCAUAUUCAGAGAUGAUGUACCCCUGGAUAUCGGGCCCUGCAGAAAUGCUGUUGCUUCCACGCUUUGUUUGUGCAUGUCUCAGCGGCAUGUCAGGACAGGGGAUGCUGGUUUCGAUGGAUCCUCGCUUUGGUCCAGCUUGUUCCUUGGGUCUUUGGAAGAAGGGUGGGCCAGAGCCUGGGGGGAAGCCAACAAGUGUACUUUUCUGGGUGUCAUUCCUGUUCACAAUGCCUGGAGGAGAAUGCAGUCAAGGGGUUGCCAAGGAAGCAGAGGGGAGGAGGCGACUUAUUUAGUGCAUAGGAUUCAAGGUCUUGCUGGCAGAAGAGGUUCGUCAAGCAGGCAACAGUCAUAACCAACGCGCUCCAUCCUAAUGGUGUCUAUGCAGAAUGGAAAGCAUGCAGAACCAGCGUGAUCCUAGGAAGAUAGCUGCAGCUCAGAUUUCCACCUCGGUCCGAUUUGGGCCCAUCCACACUGAGGCUGGAAAUAUGGGUUGGGUGGAUCUAUGCAAAGCGCAAGGCGUGUUUGGAUUCUUCUUCCAGUUUAUGGGUGGACCGGUGCUUGCUGCAUCACCUCCCUUCUGCAGCAGCGCAGUAAGUGGCAGCUGGGCGUGAGGUGACCCACAACAAGGGCUUCCCCACCGGCUGAAACCUAGGCAGGCUCCUGCUGUUGUGGGCAGGGCAUCAGCUGUGAAUGGAAAUUAGUAAUCUCCUGUCUCACAGGAGUAUUAUGGAAAUGCUCGAGGCUCUUGCAGGGCAGUUUGCCCAUUUAAAAAGUGUUAUGCAAACUGUCCUCUCGGUGUGACUGAUUCAAGGUGUUUGCCUCGCUGUUUUUGCCCCCAAAGAUACCCAGAAGCGGCUCGCUACGUUGGCCGCUUUAUCAUCUGUUUCGAAACCGGUGUGAAUGGAAAGAUCCAGUGGCUUAAUAUUGCACGAGGGAUGUGCUGGAGUGCAGGGGGAACGGCGCAGUUCCACUUGCCCCCCCUUUGGCUGGGGGGCUAUCUUUGAAAGAAGAGGCUUGUGUGCCAGAUGCAAAGCCCCUCUCCACGCAGAGCGCUGCUCCUUCAGGAAGCAUGUGGUGCUGUCCCUCCACCUGUUUCUCUGCCUGACAAGUGACUGACAGCUCUCUCCCCAAAGCCUCUCCUCAUCAAUUAUGAAUUCAGUUGCCAUCGAGACUGAGGGAUUAAGGCAGCUGGAGGCUUUGCUUUCGCAGCCUGCCGUGCGAGGAGGCACCUGUACAGAGUUGGGCAAGGAGGAGAAUGCCGCGAUUCUGCCGGGCUGCCAUUUCUGAAGUGGCCCCUUGGCAAACAGACCCACUCAUCUUCUAGCAGUGCCCGUGCCCAGAUAGGAUCUUUCUUUUAUUUCAAGGCCGAUUAAUCCGAAACAAGUACCGCUCUCCUGGCUCCACCAUCUCAGCUGCUGCGCACGAAAGGCACUUUUAAGACAGGGCUAGCGACCAUUUGUUUCUAUGCCCAGGGUUGCGGGGUGUUUGAAUACUGUUGGGGGGUGAAACCAAAGCUGUCAGUGAGAGCAUACAGAGCCCAAAGAGGGUGCCCCUUUUCUCUCUCUUGCACCCCCUUUUCUCUGUCUCACAAACAUUUUCCACCCCCUAUUCUCUCUCUCCAACGUCCCCUUUUCUUUGAAUACACACGAAACACCUUUUGAAUGCUUGCUCAAAACCUGAGCUUUUGCUUUUAACACACCCUUUUAUAUCCACAACCCACAUAGCGAGAGUCCAUUUGCCCCCCCCUUUCAAGGUUACCUUGGUAAUGGGAAUUCUAAAUGCUUUUAGGCUGCAGUCCAAUACCCCCCUGGGAGUAAGUCUCCCUCAGCUCAACGGAACUUACUUUUGAGUCGGCACGGAUAGGAUUGUACCGCUAGCAGUUUUGAAUGAAGAUUUGGGUGCCGUCGUUAUGCCAGAUGUCACCUUACAUCAUCUCAUUUACUCCGGAUGAAACAAGAAGAGGGAUAUGCAAACUGCUCUCCAAGCAUAAACGUGCAUCUAAAAGUUUUUUCGUGUACAGAGCAGGGCAGGAUCAUUCCAAUUUUUUUGAAUUAUGAAUGUGUCAAGGAUUAACCCUGGGGCAUUGUGAAUUGUAGCACUUUCUUACAUCUGGGAUAACUCAGUCAGUAGAGCACAAGACUCUUAUUCUCAGGGUUAUGAGUUUGAGCCCCACUGUGGGCAAGAGAUUCCUGCAUUUGCAGGGGGGCUUCGACUAGAUGACCCUCGUCAUCCCUUCCAAUUCUGCAGUUCUAUGAUUCCCAGGAAGGCCAGCAGGAGCCAUAACCUUGUUUUUGAAGGCAGGUUUAUUCAAGCACUCUAUUGAUCUGAGAUAUUUAUGUUGAGCCAGGCAUGGCCAAACUUGGCCUUUCAGAUGUUUUGGGACUACAAUCCCCAUCAUCCCUGACCACUGGUACUGUUAGCAAGGGAUGAUGGGAGUUGUAGUCCCAAAACAUCUGGAGGGUCAAGUUUGGCCGUGCCUGGCUCAACCUUUUAUGAGCGUUUACAUCGGAAGUUUGUUCCUCGUGGCGUUUGCCGCGUCAGGUUUCUGUCAAAAAAGAAAAGUGAUGUUGGUAUGUGUACCCCCAUCUCUGUAUGCCCUUUUAUAUCCAGUAAGUAUGGGCCCUGCCCCUUUCUCCUUACCCAUCUCUCAUCUUGGGAGUUAAUCUUCCAUUUUCACCCUCUGCAUCUGAGCAUCAUUCCAGGACUUCGUUCCUCCACGCAGUGCAUUACGCAGCUUCUGUCACAAGGGUUGCAUCUCAUUUGCUUGCCAAAGCUAUUUGCCCUUGCUGCCCAAACUCAUUUUGGACAAGGUAAUUGGUGUUCAGGGUGAAAUCAUGCAGAUUAUAUGUUGGGGGGGGCAAAUGAACCUUUCAAAUCAAUAAUGUUUAUGUCAAUUUUCUGCAGACUUCCCUCGCAGUGUACUGUGUACAAUCAUAAGAGCUGCUAGACUAACUCCUCUACAGGACUCCUGUGUCUUUAAAUAGUGUAUACAAGAGGAGGGAGUUUUAAUAGGCACAGAUUUUCCAGUCAUGAUCUUGCAAUGGUGGGAAUAGUUGCUUUUCUCCCCCACCCGCAAAUCCUCCAAUUAUCUCGCUAAAGGCCAGGGUGCCCUGUUUUGUUCUGAAGAUGACUACAGGAUAUGAGUUGCCACUCAAGACAUAGGAGUUCUGACCCUUUCAUAUGUAGCGUUGCCAAAUUAGUUUCCUAGCAGGCACUUGUGCAUGGAGACAAAAGGUUUCACCUGUGAUAGUUUUGCAUUUUGAAAGCCCAGGAGCCUUUUAAAAAAAAUAAAAUAGUUGGGUCCAGUUUGAACAGAACUACCUUUUGCACAUGACAUCUAAUCUUCGGUGUUAUCCUUGUCAGAACAUUCUACAACUGUUCAUCCAUUGCAAACACAAGAGGAAAGCAUCUUGCACCAGUUUAAUGACUGCCACAGAAGCUGCCGUGACUUUUGAAGGCUGUAACUUACUUCAUCAAGUGCAAACCUACUUGUCAUGUUUAUGGAAAUAAGGUUUGAAAGAUGGUGACAAAGUAUACACAAAUGCUUUAAAAGCACAGAUCUAUUAAGUUAUUAAAAUGUCAAUUCUAAUUGGUUUGGAGUUCUGGGUUUUUUUAAAGACUCAAGUGGUGCUUUUUAUACUUUAAUUCAUGCACAAAAUCUUUUCCUUCAAGAUGUGAAGGUGGCCACCAGUUUAUAAGACUUAAAUAUUUUUUUUAAAAACUAAGACAACUUUAUGGAGGAAUGGACUACCAAGGCUACUAAACACGGUAAGUAAAAAAAACAAAACACUUCCAUGUAUACAAGUAGUAUAUCUGUGAUUACCCAUAUGCUAGGGACUAGCAACAGGAGAUGCAUACAAGCUUAAUGCACUGCUUGUGAAGUCCCAGGCUGGCUGGAAGCAGGUGGACAAAAUCUUGUGUUCUUACAUACAGUGUGGCUUAUGAUUCCAGACUAAUAUUGCAUAAUAAAUCCAAUAUGUCCAACAUCUCUGGCUUAUUGUACAUCACAUUCAUGCAAACGGUGCACAAGGUAGGUUCAUUGCCUGUCCCCUAAAUGAACAAAUUAGCUGCAGCCUUCUCACUAAUUAUGCAUUUCGAAUGAGGCACUCAGUCCUGAGCCAGUUGCUCACCUCUGGCAAACCGUCAACAUAUGACAGAUGGAUGCAGGCAGCUGCCAGAGAACUGGAUAGCCAGAAACCAACUGGAUGUUUCAUAUAUUUUAUGUAUUUUUCAUAUAUACAUUUCUUCAUGGAAGUAAAAUUUGAUGGAUUGGAUUUAUAUGCCACCUUCUCCAAGGGAAUGUGGUUUUCCCUGUCCAUUUAAACCCCACGACGACCAUGCAAGGUAGGUUAGGCUGAGAGGUAGUGACUGGCCCAAGGUCACCCUGUGAAUUUCCUGGCAGAGUGGCGGUCUGAACCCUGUUCUCCUGGGUACUAGCCUGACACACUAACCACUAGGCCGCACUGAACGUUAUGUGUGAUGUAGGGAUUCCGCUAGGUACUUAAAAGACUCGGGGUAUAUGCUGAUAUAGGGAUGCGGGUGGUGCUGUGGGUUAAACCACAGGGCCUAGGACUUGCCGAUCAGAAGAUUGGCGGUUCGAAUCCCUGCGACGGGGUGAGCUCCCGUUGCUCGGUCCCAGCUCCUGCCAACCUAGCAGUUCGAAAGCAUGUCAAAGUGCAAGUAGAUAAAUAGGUACUGCUCCUGCGGAAAGGUAAACGGCAUUUCCGUGUGCUGCUCUGGUUUGCCAGAAGCGGCUUAAUCAUGCUGGCCACAUGACCCGGAAGCUGUACGUCGGCUCCCUCGGCCAAUAAAGUGAGUUAAGUGCCACAACCCCAGAGUCAGUCACGACUGGACCUAAUGGUCAGGGGUCCCUUUACCUUUAAUAUGCUGAUAUACAUAUGUGCGCCUUUAAAUCUGAGCAGAUCGAGGUGCUGGGUGGCAGCGUGUGUGUGUCCCUGAUGGGGCCUGGAUGCGCAGAAACCCUGUAAGCAAAGUAAAACGGUUUUAGAAAAGGAGGGAAAGCCAGGAGAGUCGGCACCCAGCUUAAAAGAGCAGCCUCAGGCCCCCUGGCCCAUCCCCUGACAAUGGUUGCCCUCCAGGGGCAGCUUUCUCCAUGUUGUACCACCCAAACAAAUACUGUCUGCCUACCCUUUUAAGGAGAAGUAUACUGCAUGCCAGCGGCCGGCUGGAAAGGGAGCAGUCCGGAAAAGCAGCUUCUCUUUGAAGAAUUGCUGUGUUUCGUUUUGUUCUUAAAGGGAAGGAGCUGCAGUUCUGUGGCAGACCCCAUGCUUGGUAUGCAGAUGGUUCCAGCAUCGACCGCAGGCAUCUCCUGGUAGGCUGGGGGGGGGGAGGAUUUGUGUUGGAAACCCUGCAGAUCAGGACCAGGGGAACCUCUGGCUCUCAAAAGUUACUGGGCUCUGAUUACCACCAGCCCAAACCGAGCCAAUGGGGCCAAUGGUCUGCAAUAGCUUCCUAGGAUAUUUUCAUCAGUUUCCUUAGCCCGCCUUUGCUCCAUCAUGGAAUGCUGCUGAGUUGGGAAGCCCAUGAGCUGGGUGGGGGUGGUGGAUUGCUGCGAAAGGAAACGGGUGCUAUCUAAGUAAGAGGCGAAUCCUCCGAGAUCCAGGAAGGAGCAAUAAAGGAGCACAAGGGGGUUGUGUGAGACCAGAGCUCUGCGUUGGUGGGCAAGAGCAUUCCUCGCCAAAACGAUCUUCCACAUGCCGGACAUUGAAACAGCACAAAUUAAAGACAGGUUACAGAAAACAGGGUGGGGGAAGAUCCAUGUUUGCACUGUACAAGCAUGCAAGCAUUAUAGUAACCUCUUGCCUGCAAGAAUUUUUAAAAAACGAUCUAGCCUGCUAGGGGCUGGCAGACAGUGGCGUAGCGUGGGUUGUCAGCACCCGGGGCAAGGCGAGUAAUUUGUGCCCCCUAACCCGUGGAUUUUAGGUAGGGGCAGAGAGCUGUGAGUGCGAGCGCGCCCCCCCAGAUGUUGCGCCCGGUGCGGCCGGCCCCCCCUGCACCCCCCACGCUACGCCACUGCUGGCAGACAUUGGUGGUGAGCAUUUCUCUGCUGGGUGAAAAGCAGGGGGCUUUCCUUCUGGUAGCCGGCUUGGUUUCUAUGCUAAAAGGCGGAGGAGAAAAGGAGCAUCUCGCCAGCAUGCCUUGACACCUAGAGCUACCAGGCAAGUGCCUAAAUGCAAGGCUGCCUGUGUUGCAGAUGUGGCGUCGUCCCUCCACUGUGUGUGAAAGGAGAGUCUCACAGUCUCUUUAGAUGGCGUUUGCUGCUUUUAGCUUUUAUGAAUGGAGAUCUGGACCUAGCGGCGCAGGGUCAUAGAACUGUAGAGCUGGAAGGUACCCGGAGCUUCAUCUAAGUCCAACCCCUGCGGUGCAGUUCCUGCAUCCAUGUCCCAGUACAGCCCCCCCAGACUGCUAUGCCACAAGGGCCUGAAACAGAGGUUGUAAAAAGCGAAGGCCGGCAGCCCUCCUGUUCCUUCAGUUCUGGCUGAUGAGUGAGCACAGCAGCAGUGCAUCUGCUUUUCAGGCAGGAGGUUCCAGGCUGAACCCCUGGCAUCUCCAGCAGGGCUGGGAAUGCCCCCUGCCAGAACCCCUGGAGAGCUGCUGCCAGUCAGUGCAGACAAUAUGGAGUUCGAUGGACAAAGGCAGCUUCCUAUAUUUUUUUAAAAAGGUGAAGGAGGUAUGUUUCUAGGUGCCAAGGUCUUUUGGGUGGGUGAGGGAUUGCACCGGCCUUGAGGAAAGAGAUGCUGUUGUUUUGUUCCAGCAGCGUCUUUCCUUGGGUUUCCUCCGCUUCUUAAAAAAACCCCACCAAAACACACCACCCCGCUCCGUUUAUGUAAUUGUUCCAUAUAGGAUUUUUUUUUAACCGUUCAGAAAAUGGAAAUGUUAAAAUUCCCACUAAACAGAACGGGGUGAUGGGUGGGUGCGGGGUAGGGAAGGAAGGAGGGAGAGGAUCCGGGAGAGGAGAGGCCGUCGCAUUUCGAGGCGGAGGGGCUUUCGGCCAGCUCGGCGCCGCGCGCUCCCCGCCUUCCCGGGGCUCCGGGCGCCGCUGCCCAGCGCCUGUCCCGAGCGCGCUGCUGCGCCCGGCGGAGGAAGAGUUAAGGCAGAGAGCGCGCGGCGUGUGUGGCGGCGGCGGCGGCGGCGGCCGCGUCCCACCCCUCCUGCCCGCCGCCCACCUCUCCCCCUUCCUUCCUCCCCCUGCGCUGUAUAGAGGAGCUCGCCGUGAGGGGAGAAGCUGGAUCGGAGCAGGGGAGCCGCGAGCGGGGGGAAGAAGGCGCCAGGAAGGCGCGAUCCCCUCCCCUCCAACAACACCCCAGCGCCUGCAGAGUUUGGACCGCGCAGUCCGGGGAGGUGAGCGCGGCGCGCGGUGCUGCCCGGGGCCGUCGGGUGGAGAACUCCGAUCGCCGGACUGUGGCGUCCAGGAGCCCUGCGGUGGCCGGGUGAGUGAGUGGGCGACUCCUCCUCCUCCUCCUCCUCCUCCUCCUCGCCGCUCUGCAAAGUUUUUCCUGGGCGAGCCGAGAGAGGCCGCAGGGAGCCCGGGAAGGCUGCGCGUCCCCAAGCGCGCCCGGAGAGAGGCGACGGGGCGCAGGAGCCGGAGCUUGGCGCAGCGCGCCUCCUUCUGCGGCCCUUGGGUGUGUUUUGGGGGAGCCCCCGCGACUCCCUCGAGCUGGAGGCUGGCUACGGCGGCGGCGCACGCCCCGGAGCCGGCCCAGCCCUUCCUUCAGCCGCCCGGGGCUUCAAAGUCUCCGCGCCGUCGAGUAAAGCUGCGAGGCGAGCCGGAGAUCAGCCGCCGCCUGCCAACAACCGACGCGGCGCAGUUCUUUCCCGGUGUGGCGCCCCCUAGUCUACUUUUCCUUCUGUCCUGCCCCCUGGGGAGAUGUGUGGGUAGCGCUGAGAACUGAGUUGGGCAUAGGAGGCCUGUAUUCAGCGCCGUGCCGGCCGUGUCCCUGAGCACGUGCAGAGUGCUCUGUCGCCAAUUCUUCCGUGCUCUUAGGUAGCUUGAGCCUCUAUAUUUUGGCAAGGAAGGAAGAUCUACUGCAGCCAGGUAGGUUGAUACACCGGGGACUGUGAAGACGGGAUUGGAAGGGAAAAGAUUGGAAGGUGAGAAAUGAUAUUAACAAUAAAUGAAAGCUCAGGAGGAGCUUCCUUCUUAACCAGUCUAAAAUGUUGUUGCCCACCUGCAGCCCUUACGUCUUGCUAAACUCUUUGCCAACCCGGACUGCAAUUCCGUGACCAUUAGUCCUGAUGGUCAUGCUCUACUUCCCCUCUUGGAGGUUGCCUCUGAAUUGCUGGGCAUGGCAGGUGAGCAGAGUUCUGCAGCCCUCGAGUCUUUCUUGCUGGCUUCCCACAGGCAUCUAGCUGGCCGCAGUGCAAACAGCACAUAACAAGAGCUUGCAGGAUCAGGCCAAUGGCCCAGUACUUAGUCCAGCUUCCUUUUCUCACAGUGGCUGGCUAACCAGGAUACUGGACUGGUUGGUGUUUUUCUUAUGCUGGGUUAAUAGCGGUGCACGAAAUAUCAGGAUUUUCUGUCUUAUUUAACCCCUCCAAUGCUUUAUUUUUAAUGCCGGUCACUUCUAUACUGCUUCCCCUUCAGACUUUUCCCCCCUGAAACUCCUGGGGAGGAGAGCUUCUCUUCCAUUAGCCUAACAGCUUGCUCUCACUCAUAGAAUCAUAGAAUCAUAGAGUUGGAAGAGACCACAAGGGCCAUCGAGUCCAACCCCCUGCCAAGCAGGAAACACCAUCAGAGCACUCCUGACAUAUGGUUGUCAAGCCUCUGCUUAAAGACCUCCAAAGAAGGAGACUCCACCACACUCCUUGGCAGCCAAUUCCACUGUCGAACAGCUCUUAACUGUCAGGAAGUUCUUCCUAAUGUUUAGGUGGAAUCUUCUUUCUUGUAGUUUGGAUCCAUUGCUCCGUGUCCGCUUCUCUGGAGCAGCAGAAAACAACCUUUCUCCUUCCUCUAUGUGACAUCCUUUUAUAUAUUUGAACAUGGCUAUCAUAUCACCCCUUAACCUCCUCUUCUCCAGGCUAAACAUGCCCAGCUCCCUUAGCCGUUCCUCAUAAGGCAUCGUUUCCAGGCCUUUGACCAUUUUGGUUGCCCUCCUCUGGACACGUCCUUACGAAGCGCCCUGUUGCGUCAGAGCAACGGCUGCCUAGUCUGGCACCUGGAUCCCUACACUCGCCAGUCAGACGCCUCGGGGACUGGCCCACCAAGCAUGGUACAAAGCCCCUCUUCCCCAUUCGCCCCCUAGCAAGGGGCACCCAGACACAAACGGACUCUGAUCCCGGAGACAGCGUAUAUUGCCAUCGUGACUUUCUUCUCCAUGAUAUUGUCUGAUCUCUCUAAAGCUGUCCAGGCGACUGGCUGUCACAGAAUUGGAGACAGCGUGUUCUGUAGUUUUAACUGUGUGCCAUGUGGACAAGUACUUCUUUAUAUCUGCCCUAAAGUGUCGUUGGCUGAUCCCAGUUCUUCUGUAGUGCUUCGUUUGAAUAGAUGAGACUCUUCUCGAAGAGGAUUGCAAGGGAAGGAAGUGAGUGGAUGCCAUCGAGGGUCCAUCCAGACACCUGUAGAUGUGAGCGUUCGUUCUGAUUUGUUUGCACCAUUGAAGCAGAUGUCAUCCCACACUUAUCUGUGCAUUUCCCUUUCACUAUGGCAAAAAGCGCGAUCUUUUUGGGGAAGUGGGUUUGUUGAACCAGACCUCCUCUUCAGUUGAAGUUGUCGUACUACCUGAAUUUCCUGGUAUGUGUUUGAAUCCUGCCCCCAAAAUAGCAGCACUCUGGAAGUGAGUAACCUAAUUGGGUUGAGUUUUUACUCUUUUUUUCUUGGGAGCUGCCCACCCUGGCUGGGGCAAGCAAGUCAGAUGGCCCACAUAUAAAAAUUGUUAUUAUUAUUAUUAUUAAUGAAGGCAUCAGGCUGGGCGGUGAUGGUUGUAGCUUCUCAUUGGCCUCAGCCUACAGCCUCACACAGCACUGUGCAUUAAGCCAUUCAGUGAUCUUGGUUGGGGAAGUGUGAUCAGAAACAGUGCGGACAACAGUUCAGCCUUCUGAGUCCACCCAACGAUGAAGUCUUGGAAUUUACACAGCCUCAGCUCUGCUCCUUGGGGCAAAAAGUGGGGCUCCAGGCAGUAUAUAAAUAGCUAGGCGUUGCACUGUUUGAAGCCCACUCCUUUGGGAAAAUAGGGAUUUAAAAAGGCAUGGAUGUCCGUUCCAGCUUGUAUUUGUUGCACGCAGCGCUGUUUCCAUUCCACUGCAUUUCGGCUUCCGAGAAAAACUACAAAAGUCGUCUUGCUGUCCAUUGCGGCAGAAUUUUAUGUAAUUACUUACGUUAUCAUUACAUUUAAUUAACACAAUGUAUAUACCCCUUGAUUGCAGCAAAACCUCCAAGUGGUUUACAAGAAAUAUUAAAAUGAUCAAUAAACAACCAGUUUAAAAUAUUAAUAAGUAAUUUAAAUCAACAGCAAAAGAGAUUAAACUUUGACAGCAUCUGCGUGUCUGGAUAUGCUUGCCUAAACAGAAAUGUUUUAAGCUUUAAGCACAGCCUUUUUGGGGUCGACAGGCAGGGAGUUCCAAAGUGUAGGUAAUGCCAUGAUGGAUUACUUGCAACUACGGAACGAGUAUUACGUGGCUCCUGUAACAGGGCCAGUUCCAUUAAUUUCAGAGCAACAGAAGUGCAGCGGAAUUGGGGAUGAUUAAUUAGGUAUCGUUGGCAGACCGAAAACAUCAACAACGUCAAAUAGCAACUGCGUUUGCUGGAUCGGUUUCCGUUCCGGACACAGGGCAAAUAAGCAGACACUGGCAAUUUCUGCACCCGUUUCCGUCAGAAUUCUCUGACAUCUCUAUUACAGACCAUCAAGCACUGACAUGUGUUAUUAUCUGCUUGAGAGUCACAGAGUAUAUGUUGAGAAUUAAGGAGCAGCUUGGCACAGCCGUGUCGCCGGAAGAAGAGUAGUACCAGACUUUUCUAGUAUUGUUUUUGCUGACUCACAGACUGUCACCAUGUUCCAGCGGGAUUCCAUCAUGUACCGGCAAAUUGUGGUUGCGCAAUUUCAGUUUGAUGGGGAGAAUCUUGUGGGACAAACACACCUCUCUAAAAGAUCGGGCUUCUUUUGCGUUAACGAAAGCACAAGGAAAGUGCAGGAUGUUCCUUGUUUUGACACAGCGUCGUCUAACCUCCCUGGAAACCAAUCAAGAUAAAUGCUCAAUAAACAGCAGGUUGCCUGGAAAUGCUCUUGGAGAAGGACCACCACAAGGGAACAUAGAAAGAAGCAAAGGCGGGUCUGGCUGGUUUCAUCUUGGCCCUGGACCCAGAGAUUAGUUUGGCCCUUGGGUGUGUUUUCAGAGCCAGAGUUCGGCCUUAGAGUCUUAGAACCGUAGAGCUGGAAAGCUCCCUGAAGAAAUACAACCUUCUUCAAUGCAGGAAUAUGCAGCUUUCCCAUGUGGGGAUCGAACCUGCAACAUUCGCGUUACCAGCACCGUUCUCUCACCAACUGAGCCAUCCAGGCCUUGGAACAUACAUUGCAAGGAAAAGAAUGCCUGCUUUGAUCACGUGCGCAAUAUCUCUCUCCCGUGCAUCUGAGGAUUGAGGGAAAGGCUUCAAGAGAAAGGAUAUAUACAGUGUUCUCCGCAGGGGUUGAAACCCAGCGCUUCUGGUUACAAAUUAAGUGCUGGUCGAUCAGAUGGCUGACCUAUCGGCUGCCUGCAGUCGCUGUCAAGUUGGCUGAGGUCUUAAUUGCAAGCCUGUUGGCAUCUUACCCGAAAAUGGGAGAGGGGGUGGUGAUUGGAGAGAGCAAUCCCCAGCUCUCUGUUCAAAGUGGCUUCCUAUACCCAGAUCCUAAGCAAAACCUGCUAUUUCACUGCCACAUGUUCCACCGUGGAACGUAUUUCCCAGGGAAGGGGUUUAAGAUUAGAGUGCUGUGCUAUUCGUGAAUGAGCCUCUGAACCGCAAAACAGUAAGCAGAGCUGGAGAUUAGGAAGCAUGUGCCCGCGCCACCCCCGGCCACAUGGACACAGUGCGCAGAGCGAGGUACUUUUAGAGUCUGGACUGAACGGUCCUAUCCUUGCUGCUUCGAUGGCAAAUGUGUAUUACUUCAAAACAUAGGGAAGCCAGCUCUUCUGCAUUCGGGGGCCCUGCUGCUUAUUCUGCUAUUGUAGGAGAUUUGAUUCAGUCCACCCUUAAAAGGCAAAGCUGGGAUAGCUCAGUUGGUAGAGCAUGAGGCGCUUGAUCUCAGGGUCGUGGGUUCGAGCCCCGUGUUGGGCAAAAGAUUCCCGCAUCGCAGGAGAUUGGACUAGAUGACCCUCGUGGUCCCUUACAACUCAAUGAUUCUGUCCACCUAAUUCGCCCUUUCCGAAACAAUUUGCGGACCUUCGAAAUUUGCACUUCUCUGAAUUUGGCGACACUGUUCUGCAACCAGUGGGUGCGUAGUGAAAUAUGUAGACGAAGGAAAGGUGUCCGUAACAGGGCAAAUAUUAGUGAAAGCAAAAAUCUGUCAGAGUAGGGGGAAUUGGUUUGCAAAAAAAAAAAUGUGUGUAUUGGACAAGAUGGCAUGCCAACCUUUGUAAUAUUAUGAGGAAUUUGCACUAAAAGGCAGAUAAAUUUUCACAAGAAUCCUUUUUUUAAAAUGACAAAAUGAACUCAAGAUCAGGGAGGAGGGGAAGAAACCAAGAGCAUCCAAAAUGGACAGAUUGGCUCAUCCCUGGCUGAGAGGGGCUCUGGACAUCUGCUCCCAAGUCCCACCUUGACAAUGCCAUUGCAGAUGUGCACACUGAGAGGUCACAUUCCUGUUCAGGAAGAGGCUCUCCUCCUCCUCCUCCUCCUCCUCCUCCUCCUCCUCCUCCUCCUCCUCCUCUCUUGAUCCUGUCCCUCAAACAUCACUAAUUAACCAGAUAAUCUUCUCCUGCCCCCUUUUAAUUCAUGCCUUCGAAUUGCCUUCCCAGUUCUUGUUUGCAUCCUUAGUUCCUAACAUACCUGAUCAUGGUGAAUCCCUUCUCCUGCUCCCGCCCCCCCAAAUGCAUUUUCCUCCUUCUGUUGUUUGUUUACUUCUCCCAACAUAAUCCCAGAGCGGUUUCCAACAAUGCACAAAGUACAAUAUUACAUACGUUAGAAACGACUUGGCUAAUACAAAUAAGCAAGAAGACAAGAGCAGGAGAACAAGGGAACCAAAGGAUGCUUGCAAAUUUACUCCAAAAGCCUGGGAGAAUGGCAUAGUUUCCCCUUGCCACCAGAGUCUCCAUCAUGCAAGCUGCCCCCCAGGGGGGAGGCCUCUUUUGAACUGCAAGGCAGAUGGCUGUGCCCCUUUGUUAACUCUUCGUUGGCUUAAAAAUCCAGUGCCUUUGCUACAGUGCCAGCCUUUGCUCGGGUGAGUUCGAUCUGUUUCAUCGGGAGCAUGUAGCCAGUGUUUGGCUGCUGCUGCUGCUCUUCUUCUUUCCGUCAUAUGUGUCUCUCUUUUUUCUGUGUUUUAAGGGAGACGGAUGCCCCUAAAGAUGGCCUGUACAUGUCCCCUAGCUAGGCCAUCUUUAGAUGCCACGGGAUACUGUUAAAAGGGUGGGUUAUUAUAAAUCCAUUUAGCAUUAUGAGGUACAAAGACACUGUCUUCCUUUCCCUGGCUACUGAGUUGUAUAGCAGGGUGGAUGCCGCUCUCAAUAGCAGCAACAAACUUGACAUCUUUCCGCAGGGCCUGCAAGACAGAGCUGUUCCUCCAGGCCUUUGGCCAGGGCACAGCCUGACUCCCUCCUUUGGCAAUCUUCACAGAACUCUAGCCCAAUGGUUGCCAUCAAUUUGAUUUGAAUUAAUUUUAUAAUGAAAUGGUUUUAGAAUGUUGUAUUAUUUUAUUGUUGUUAGCCACCCUGAGCCCGACUUCGGCUGGGGAGGGCGGGAUAUAAAUAAAAUUUAUUAUUAUUGUUAUUAUGUUGUCAGAAAAGCACAGCAAUGCAACUGCUGUGCCCUCAACCUUUGACCUGCCAGCCUUGGGACUGGUCAGCCGCUGCUCAGCACUUGCCUUGCUUGGCAACUCAGCGGCUCAGCAUGGAGGAAUGUCGCAGAACGGUGUUCUUGUCGGAUCUGAUGCUGAAACGUCUGUUCCCCUCUCAGCUAGGAUUGUGUGUGCCCUGUUAAUCUGUGCCCUCGGACUCCCCUGUUUGCUUAACAUGGCGUUUUGAGCAUCUUUGCUCUCAAGCAACUAGUCCUCAUGUUUGUGGGAAAUACGUAACUCGGAUCAGUAUUUGGCCUGGGCUCAAAGGGGGGUAGGCAGGAAGUGGUUUUGAAAGCGGUCAGGGGCUUCAGUCCCCUUUGGAGUUCUCUUUUGUUCCUCUAGGUCUACUCAUGGUUCAAGCCCACGAACAGACAACUUUGGGCAGGAUUCCUGCAUUGCAGGGGGUUGGACUAGAUGACCCUCAAGGUCCCUCCCAACUCUACAAUUCUGUGAAUAUUCCAUACCUUUAUCUCCCAGUUCUGCUAAUCUGCACCUAUACCUCUUCCUCUGUGCCCUUCUCCUGCUCCCCCUCAUAUUCUGUUAUCGCCUUUUGCUUUUCCAGCUCUUGUUUUACAAUUCCAAAUUAUCCGCUAAUCCAUAUCUCGCAAGCAGACAUUAAUAUGCAAAUCAUGCACUUAUCACUGACUUGGUUUGCAUAGGGGGGUAGGAAUUUCUGUGGAUAGGGAAAAGAGGCCUCCCUCUCCCUUUCGCGUUAUGUUGACGCUUGGCUCCCUCACCUUCCUUUACCUGUAGUGAGUGUGAUCCUUCAAAUCAACUGAGGCUUAAUCUGGCUCAAGUUAAUAAAAAAGGAAUUUUCUGCCGGCUUAAGACUGAAUCCUCUGGUCUCCCUUUGUGGGAUGAGAUGGUUAAGGUGCCAGCGGCAGAAUUAUCGCGGCCAGCCUGCGCGUCCUGUCUUGCGAGAGAGAGAGCGCCACUGGGGUUUAGCUUCCUUCCUUCCUUUUUUUUUAAAAGAUACAUAUUCCAAACUCUUGGCUGCUUGCACUGAACUGCAGGGGUAGCCAGAGCUGGGGAUUGCUGAGUCAGCAGUGCUAGCAAUGCAGUCAAAAGCCUCUGCAUCAGAGCAAGGCAAAGUGUGGCCGGACACCUUCUUCAGAUGGCUGCACCCUGUUCAGCUCCAUCGCCAACCCCGCAAUCUUGCUCUACAGCUGCGUAGGGUGUGCAGGAUCCGUGGGAGUGGGCUGUUGUUGUCCAGCAAGGGAGCAGCAUGAGCUAAAGGUCUGGAUGGUAGGAUCGGAAGCUGCUCUUGAAGUAUGGUGCUCAAAGCCGGUAUUGCCCUGUGUUUCAGCAAGGUAGGCAGUCUCAGAUCUGAAGCGAGAGUGCCUGUGUACAUGAUGAUAAAUAUUCAAGCGUGCAACGCAGGGGUUCUCAAGGGGUGUGGCGGGAGAGGGUGGCAAGUGUGGCAGGAUAAAUUCAAGGGCAACCAGAGGAACGUGCACACCUUUCAGCGUAGCGUAGUAUCAAAAUUAAUUUUUUCACUUGCAGAAUUUUGGAAAGGAUCCAUGUUCUCAUUGUUUUUUAUACUUUCUGGGUGUCUCACAAAGUUGUCGUGUUCUGUGUUAAGAACCAGUCCCUGCUAGCAAUCAUUUUCUCCUGAUGCAUUUCUUACCAAUAAAAACAUUGGGUGCGAUGUGAGCAAAUUUUUUAUUCUGAAAGUGUGGCCCAGGGAAAAGAAAGUUUGAGAACCGUUGCUGUAAGGAAACAGCCACGCAUUGAUUUAUUUAUUGUGGCCUCAGUGCCCGCUAGAAUAUUGGAGUGCCUCAGUUCACGUCAGAAGUAGCUGAGCCAGCUCCCUUCCUAAAGGAUGGAUGGAUGAAAUGGGAGCUUGUCUGUGCAAAUCAGGGGUUGUCGCUUCCCCCUUUCCCCCAAGGGCUGCCUUUCCGCACAUCCAUUUCCAAAUGAUGUUUAAGGGACGCGGGUGGCACUGUGGGUUAAACCACAGAGCCUAGGACUUGCCGAUCAGAAGGUUGGCGGUUCGAAUCCCGGCAACGGGGUGAGCUCCCGGUGCUUGGCCCCUGCUCCUGCCAACCUAGCACAUCAAAGUGCAAGUAGAUAAAUAGGUACCACUCCAGCAGGAAGGUAAACGGAGUUUCUGUGCGCUGCUCUGGUUCGCCAGAAGCGGCUUAGUCAUGCUGGCCACAUGACCCGGAAGCUGUACGCCAGCUCCCUUGUCCAAUAAAGCGAGAUGAGCGCCGCAACCCCAGAGUUGGCCACGACUGGACCUAAUGGUCAGGGGUCCCUUUACCUUUAAUAAUGCUAUAUAUUUCUUUUCUUAACAGGGUAACAUAGUUUCUACAUACAGCAGCCUUUCUCAGGGAUGUCCAAAGUAUACACCAUUUACAGCCAGGAUAGAUUCGUUGUCCAGGUAAGUACUUAUCCUUUAGAAGUUUCUCACCACCUACAAAUAAUUGUAGAGUUGGAAGGGACCCUGAGGGUCAUCUAGUCCAGUGUUUCCCAACUUUGAGUCUCCAGCUGUUUUUGGUUCACAACUCCCAUUAUCCCUAGCUAGCAAGACCAGUGGUCAGGGAUGAUGGGAAUUGUCGUCCGAAAACAGCAGGAGACCCAAGGCUGGGAAACACUGAUCUAGUCCAGCCCUCUGCAAUGCUGGAAUGCAACUAAAGCCCCCAUGACAGAAAUGUAGUUUUAAUUAUUUGUAAGAUAAUUUUGUUCCCCAGUGACUGCAGUUCAGAGCAUAGCUGUCAACUUACAGAUUUGAAAAUAAGGGACCAGCAGCCUCAAAAAUAAGGGAUCAGCAGCCAAAAUAAGGGAUUUUCCAAGCACAGGUAUGUUCAACUUCUGAGCCCCUCCGAGCCAAAAGCAGAAAGCCCAGCCAGCAGCCAAAUAAGGCUUCAAGCGGUGGUUCCCACAGCGCAGCAACCUGGCAAAGGGGAUGCAGCAAGGAAAACCACCGUCACCUCUCCGCUGGGAAGUGCUGAGCAAAGGCGAGUCCCCAGGCAACGCGGCCGAUUUGAUCGGCACAAGGCAUGCAAGCUCCACCCCCAGUCGUUCUUCGACUCCUUAUUGGGUGAGCAACGCAACCAAGCAACACAGUUGGAGCCUCCCUCCUCCCUGGCCGGCAGGGAGGGAGGGAGAGGAGCUGCUUCCUUUGAAAUCCGGGAAAUUUAAGGGACAUCAUCAAUAAGGGACAGCAGCGGGACACAGUGCUGGGAUAAGGGACUUUCCUGCCAAAUAAGGGACGGUUGACAGCUAUGGUUCAGAGGUACAUUGCUUCUGAACUUGGAGGGUGUGUUUGACUGGUAGCCCUUGAUAGAUAAAGUUGUCUUACACCAAGUCAGACUUUGGGCCCAUACUAUGCAGUAUUAAGGAACCUUUUCUGGCCAGUGGCCCAGAUCCUUAUCGUCCCACCCCCCGGAUGGUCAAAUUUGACAAGCGGGUGAGGCUGCCCAUCUGUCGAUCACCUGACAUCAUACUGUCCGCACUACAAAGCACAUCACAGGCUGCUUGUAAGCCCUUUUUGCAAGCCUUUGGUGCUGCGAUUUCAACCUGCAGAUUUCAGGGGCUCAGAAAGCAUCAUUGGACUGUUUGCAAAAGGGCUUUCAAAUAGCCCUGCGCUGUUCUUUGAACCUCCACAACCCAAAGGUUUCAAGAGCAGCGCAAGAGCUGUUUCCAAAAGGGCUUUAAAGAGCAGCGCAGAGCUGUUUGCAAAAGGGCUUUCAAACCAUUUUUUGCACUGGGCUUUUGCUCUGUGCGCCUGCUCCGAGGAAGGGAGCAUGUAGAGCCAUACUGAGCAGGAUUUAACCCCUCGCUUACCAGCCCCAAACCUCCUAAUGACCACUCCUUAACAUAACUGCAGUAUAUGAGGUGGUAUAAGAAAGUUUUAUAAAUAAAUACGCACCAUUGAAAUAGCCUGCUAUCCUAGGUUUAAAUCCCAGUUUAGCUCUAUGGGUUAUGCUGCUUCAUUGCUUUCCUUUCCUCAUCUUUUACAGGCGCUUGCAGAAGCUUCUUUAACUAGUUUUCUAGCAUCUGACUCCAGGCCCUUUUGCCGCAUAACUCUCUAGCCCGCUGAGCUCUGGCUUCUCACAAAUGAGAUGCUGCAGCUGCAGUACACCUGGGAACAAAUGCCAGGCAAUGUUGGGGGGCACCUAGUUCUUGUUCAAUGCAAUUAUGGCGUUGCCUGCUGAUUAAACUCCCCCCUUUCUCAACUGUUCUCAAGAGCCGGCGUGUGCCAGGUUCCCUUGGGUGCUGAAGAUGGCAAAAUAAGUGCCUUCCCUUCCGUCUCCUUAAGAGCCCUGGAAGACCCCCCAGAGGCAAAAGCUAUUUCUGAUCUGGGGACUGGCUAUCAAUAUUUCAUGCCUGGGUUGCUGAAUUAUGCAGCUCUUGGCUAUUAAGCUACUAGAGCUCCUAAUUUUUGCGGGGAGGAAGAUAAAUGAGCUGUAGAGUCCUGGUAGUUGACAAGAUUUAAAAGGGGGAGAUUUAUCGCUCAAAUUAAAAGCUCCAGGUGGGGGCACAGAGCGCGGUGGGGUCUCCGUGGUGGCAUGGGGAACCAGGCCUGAGACUCCCAGAGUCUCAAAGGCAGCAGCUGCUGCUGCCACCUCUCUGCUCUCUUUCUUCCUCUCACAAUGAUCUGACAAAUUGCCUUCAAAGCCAGCUUCGCUCAGGUCUCCCUGAUGGCUUCAGCUGAGAAGCUCGUGACAGAGGAGGCACCUAGGUUGCUUGACCCUGCAGCUGUGCAAAUAAGAUUGGUGGCUGACCUGGCCUGUGGCCUGUGCAGAAAUAAGCAAGCGAAGCUUUUGCAGAAUCACUUGCUGACGUCUGCAGAUCCAACUGCUGCGGAACGGGCAGGGGCAGCAGCUGCCUGUAAAAUAUGGGAACCGUGUGUGGGAAGAAGCCCUGCUUUCCUCUUUCUCUCCCCCCCCCCCCACCCGGCCACAGAGCAGGACGGAGAGUGCCUAUUGUUUGUUGUAUUGUUAUUUAUCUGUACUGGAUGCUUUUGCUGAGAUUCCUGCCAUCGUAGGGGGUUGGACUAGAUGACCCUUGGGUCCCUUCCAACUCUUUAAGAUUCUACGCUUCUACUUAACAUAUGCAUUUUUAUGUUGUCCUUCAGCUAUAUUCCCAGGUGGUUUGCAAAAAAGCAUAGAUCAAAAUCAACAUGCAAAAAUAAAAAAUGCGUACAGUGGUACCUCGGGUUACAUACGCUUCAGGUUACAUACGCUUCAGGUUACAGACUCUGCUAACCCAGAAAUAGUGCUUCAGGUUAAGAACUUUGCUUCAGGAUGAGAACAGAAAUUGUGCUCGGGCGGCACGGUGGCAGCGGGAGGCCCCAUUAGCUAAAGUGGUGCUUCGGGUUAAGAACAGUUUCAGGUUAAGUACGGACCUCCGGAACGAAUUAAAUACUUAACCCGAGGUACCACUGUACAAUAUGCAAAGCCACAAAAUCAUAAAAGUGGCAUGAAGCAGUUAGGAGGUUUAAAAUGGUCCCUAAAAAGCACAAGUUGGGGGGGGGAGCGAGAAGGAGGUCUUUGCAUAGUUCUGGGAAGGAAAAUACCGUAGACACCAUGUGGGGAAGAGCAUAACUGGGGCACCUCCACCAAGAAGGCCCUCUUUCCUGUAGCCACUUGACCUGGCUUAGGUUGACCAGGACACCAGGAGGGAGCCCUUCCCCACCAGAGAUUUUAAUGUGUGGACAGGUACAUAGGGAAAUACUUUAUGCAUGGGCUUUGCUCGGUUUUUGUCCCUGUGUGCAUCUAUUCUGCACCACCAGGUGCGAGAGUAGUAACUAUUAAGCUGCCAUUUGCAGCGCCUAAAAUGCAUCCCAUAAACACGUUCCCUCUCAUUCUGCACAGCUUCAUUCAGAAUGCAUGAGCUAAUUGAGAUGCAAUGGUGCACCUUGUGGGAAUGUUAUUGUUGUUCUUAGGAGACAGCCCUAUUGUGUUUCCUUAAUUUUCCUGUAGCAGGGGGUUGUCCCUCUCACUUCAGUCCACGGGGCAGGAAUAUUCAGGUUUACGAGAGUUGCCCUCCUAGUGGGAUGGGGGAAAUCCCUUGCCUCCGUUCCUUCCAGUCCGGUUCCAAUGCAGGACAUUUGCUUGUCACUGUGCAGCCUGGGAAAGCGCCCCUGUCUUUCAUUCUCUCUGCCUCUUCUUCUUCUUCAGGGACUAUUAAGGCUUUCCCCCCAGACCUAUAAAAAAAGGAAGGGAAUUUAGCUGGCGGAGUUUAAAAGGGAAUGUGGACGAACAAUGGAAGGGCCCUUCAUCACUUAUCUAUGGCCAUUGGUCCUUUACUCUCUGAUUGUUGAGAAGCACCUGCCACAUUUGCUGGUUGUCGGGAUGGCUAAAUAGACUCUUGGGGGGGCCCUUCGGACAUCCAUGACGAUUUGUGCUCAUCGUACUGCUUCCUUUCCAAAUCAGUGCAUGUCCCGUAACUGAAAUCCUGCAGAAAUGCUCAGUGGGUGUGCUUGCCCUGCGUUUGUUGUAAUGCAGCAAAAGAGCGCCUCUGCAGAUGGCGAUAAGGGAGGGAGGGAGGGAGAGGUCAGCCUGGUGUGAAGCGCUGCCACACCACCUCCUCCUGCCCCCACCUCUCCUGCUCCACCGUCUCCCAGGACCAGGCGAGGACUGAAGAGGGAGGAGCAGAAGCAGGUUGCCCACGAUAUAAUUUGGAUAAGAAAAUAGGCUUCCAGGUGGAAAAGUCAAAAUUAGAAACAGAACUGCUAGAACCCAAAACUAAGACUCUGUCAAGAAUGUAUAACUUGCUGUUGAAAUGGAAUACUCAGGAUGAAAUGGUGAAAUCUGCUAUGAUUAAAUGGGCACAAGAUGUUGGACAUAACAUAAUGAUGGCUGACUGGGAACAGUUAUGGACCACAGGUAUGAAGUUUACGGCAUGUAAUGCCUUAAGAGAGAAUAUUAUGAAAAUGAUAUACAGGUGGUACAUGACCCCAGUCAAGCUUGCAAAAAUCUAUCAUUUGCCCGAUAAUAAAUGUUGGAAAUGUAAAGAAACUGAAGGUACAUUCUUUCACCUUUGGUGGACGUGCCCAAAGAUCAAGGCUUUCUGGGAAAUGAUAUAUAAUGAAUUGAAAAAGGUAUUUAAAUAUACCUUCCUGAAGAAACCAGAGGCCUUUCUUCUGGGCAUUGUCGGCCAAUUGGUGCCAAAGAAGGAUAGAACUUUUUUUAUGUAUGCCACAACAGCAGCAAGAAUACUCAUUGCAAAGUAUUGGAAGACACAAGAUCUACCCACUCUGGAAGAGUGGCAGAUGAAGGUGAUGGACUACAUGGAACUGGCGGAAAUGACUGGCAGAAUCCGAGACCAGAGAGAAGAGACGGUGAAAGAAGACUGGAAGAAAUUUAAAGACUAUUUACAGAAAUAUUGUAAAAUUAAGGAAUCUUAGAAGGAUGUUGGAUAGAAACUAAGGGUUUUUAGCUGUAAUGCUUUAAGAGAUAUGAAAAAGGUUUGCAACUGGGUAAUUUCAAUGGUAAGGAUUUGCUGAAUUAGCAAAUUGAACUGGAAUACAAAAAGGGAGGUAUGAGGAGGUCCGGGGAAAUAAGUAUAAGGAAGAUAGGUUAUGGAAAUUUAAUGUCCUUUUAAUUGUUUUAUUUGGUAUGUUUUCUUUUAUUUUUUAUUUCUUUGUUUAUAUUUAAAAAAAAACUUUAUUCUUUUUCUUUCUGUAUUCUGUAUUUUUUGUAUUUUUUGAAACUUUAAUAAAUAUCAUUAAAAAAAAGAAGAAGAAGAAGCAGGUUGCCCACGGACACAGUCUUUGCUUGCUUGCGCGCAGCUCGGGUGGGGGGAGAUAUGUAAGCUGAGGUCAGGGGAGGGGUCUCUCUGUUGCAGCAGCUGCCUCCUGGGGCUCACGCCUAGAGAAGCUGAGAGAUGUAGGGCUGAUGGGUGCUUUUUUCCUAACUUGUAAGUUAGGACCUUGGACAAUAACGAGUUACACUAUAGUGGCCCAAAUUGUGGAAACCUUUUUGGGAAAAGUGUAUUUCUGAGGUUUGAUGGCUCGUAACACCACUUUCUUUUGGAGUAAUACCAUAAAAUUAUAGAUCAGUGGAAUGAUAAUUUAAUGAAGAAUGUAAUGCGACAAUGUUGGUUCAAUUAUCUGUAUUCUAUCGAACGUUAGAAAAAGGAAGCACAACUUGCUUAGGUUGACAGUAGCAGUAGCUUUCCUUCAUUUGAAUGUAGCCAGUGAGCAUGAGUGUUUAUGAGGUGUUAUGCGCCAUCGAACCUUGGAAAUACACUUUCCCCAAAAGGUUUCCACAAUUUUGGCCACUAGUGUAAUUCCUCACUCUGGACAUACGUGGCCGGACAGCUCCGUGACAAUAAGACAGCAACAUUGGGGAAGCGUCUCGAGAAAGCAGAUGGUCCAGAUGGUCCAGGAUAAAUCCACCACUAUUAUUGCAUCAAUGAUACGUUGUAGGAUACACUUAGAAAAAACCCAAAAAAACCAAACAUCCUGGAGGAGCUCUAGGUGAGGACUGUGGCUGAAGCUGUGGUCGUACACGGUGGUAACCUACAGAGGGAGCUCUUUAUUGGCAAACCUUUAAUUACCAGGUUGCUGUUACAGUGGUACCUUGGGUUACAUACACUUCAGGUUACAUACGCUUCAGGUUACAGACUCCCCUAACCCAGAAAUAGUGCUUCAGGUUAAGAACUUUGCUUCAGGAUGAGAACAGAAAUUGUGCUCCGGCGGCAUGGCAGCAGCAGGAGGCCCCAUUAGCUAAAGUGGUGCUUCAGGUUAAGAACAGACCUCCGGAACGAAUUAAGUACUUAACCCGAGGUACCACUGUAUUUCGCUUUCCCAGACUAUGGCAACUGGAGUGGAUGUGAUUCUGGGGAGGAGGUGGAGGCUGUUGCCCGGACUGUCCUUCCAACUCCCGCAGGUGCCUUUGCCACAUCCAGCUUCUCCUAUCCUCUGGUGACCCUCCUCGCUGUUGUCGUUUUUUUCCUUUCCUUUCUUUUUUUGCAGUUAAAUGUGUUUUGAAGCUGUCUCCAUCCCAGCAGGGACCUUUCACAUUCACUUAAGUCUGCCUCUCUCCGGUGUGGGCUGUCUUUGCACCAGAGUGUGAAUGUACCUGACAGGCCCCUGUUGCGUCUUCUUGGGGCGCCUGUGAUUUGUUUGACCACAGCUAUCCUGACGCCAGGUGGCCUUGACCCCAGGGCGCCGGAAGUUGCUCUUGUUCUCGGAGGGCAGUAGGCCGAGCUAAUUCUGCCACUGUCACUACAGUCACAGGGGGACUUCGCAGAAUAGGAAUACAGUGGUACCUCGGGUUAAGUACUUAAUUCGUUCCGGAGGUCCGUACUUAACCUGAAGCACCACUUUAGCUAAUGGGGCCUCCUGCUGCCGCCGGAGCACGAUUUCUGUUCUCAUCCUGAAGCAAAGUUCUUAACCCGAGGUACUAUCUCUGGGUUAGCGGAGUCUGUAACCUGAAGCGUAUGUAACCCGAGGUACCACUGUAAACCGGCUUCCCAGUCCGAGCCCCAACUGGGCUGCGUACACACCAUGCAGUUAGAGCACAUGCUCUGGGGGGAAGCCAUGUGCUUUAAAUGUUUGGUGUGUAAGCAGCAAAUGUUGGUUUUUUUUGUUUCUAUUGCCCUAUUCAGGGAUGCCGAAAGAGGGCCAGAUUUGAUGAAGUGAACAUUGUUGAGCUUUUUUAGGAUUGAAGUUUACCCUAAAGUUGUUGAGCUUCUUUUAGGAUUUUACCUCAGGACAUAUACUGCCACAGGGUCCAAAUUAGGCCCCUCAAACAGACUUCGGACAUGCCUGCCCUAUGUGAUCCUGGGGCUGAAGAGGCAAAAAGGAGGCAUGUGUAAGACUGCAUAUAUCACACAAUUACACAUUAAAAAUGCAAACCAUUAACAAAUAUAAAAGGAACUUCUCUCUCUCUCUCUCUGGUAUUGUGAAAUCACUUUUAGGUGAUUCAAAGGAAGCGACUCGUAAAGGAAUAAAUAAGCAAAUAAACAGUAACUCUUGAUUCUGCCCUUAUAAAACGUAGGUUGGCAUGCUCACACCUCAGGUGUUUUUAGGGAUGGGGAGAAUCAUUCCCCAAUUAACUAUUAACUGCUUUUGGUAGUGUGUACAAAAUGAGGGAGAAAGGGGUGGUUAAGGCAGGAUCGGCCUUAUCCUUUGGCGGAGUGAGGCAGCCGUCUCAGGGCACUGGCUGUGGGUGUUCUAAAAAAACACACAAAUCCUUCGUUUUUUGUUUUAUUCAUUUUUGAGUUUUUACUGGCCGGGGGGGGGGGGAGGAAAUUAAUGGGAUUUGUUUUGCCUCAGGUGCCAAAAUCACUUUUCUGGCCUUGGGUACCCUGGUUAUUUUGAUUUGUGAGGUGGGCCUCAGCUUUUUUGGGUCAGCCGUGCUUCUCAUGAGAACGCCGCAGUGAAGUGGCUGUGUGGCCUUGUAGGGAAGGUCUUCACAUGGCAGAUGGAGCUUGCAAACUGUGCCUCGGUUUAUACGGGAUGCGCUGAGCUGGUUCUGGGGAAUGUGUAAAUUAAUCCGAAGGCCCAGGGAAGCUGGAGACUUUAGCAGCUGCCAGAUUUGGGAUUUCUGCCCAAAUGUGAAGGGCAACUUGAAGCCUUGCGGGCAGCCCUUUGGGAGAUUUCACCAUGCCUGUUUUGUCUGUAGACAGAUUCCUCAAAAUGGCUUCCAUGGUAGUCGCUGGUAAUCUUGUACCUCUCCUUCCUUAAUGCUCUCUUUCAUUCUCUCUCUUCCCCUUGGAAGCCGUAUUAGGACUCAUCAUCUGCACAAGACCUGA